AGUAAUUAAAUAUAUAACAAUAGCAAUAAAAUAAAAGGGUCAUUGGUGGUUGAUUUAUGGAACAUUUUUAGCGAUCGAUAUUUAUAAUAUCAUAUGUAUUUACGCCAAGUCCACCGUGGCGUAAAGUAAUAUCAAGUAUAUAUAUAUACAUUUAGUUUGAUAUACUUGACUGUAUGUGUCCAUUGUAUCAGUUUAUUAUAUUACACAUGCAAGUAUAACUAUAUUGUGAAUUUAUUGUACUACAUUGGACACCACGUGCGACUGUACGACUCAUCUUUAUCGAUUUAUAUAGGUUACUACUAACUUCAAGAUAUAAGAUAAAAAUAAAAAAAAUGGGUACAUCGAAUACACAAAGAGAAAAUGAUCAUAAACAUAACAAUGAAGAGGCCAAUCCUGGAGGAACAUCUAUCGAAGCAUUUUUCGCAGCAUCAGUUAUUCUUAUCACAGGAGCUACAGGAUUCCUUGGAAAAGCUUUGCUAGAAAAAUUACUACGAUCAUGUCCAAGGAUAUCUACGAUUUACGUUUUGAUACGUCCGAAGAAAGAUCUUACAAUGGAAGAAAGGUUUCAAGCACUUUUGGACAGCACUGUGUUUGACAGAAUAAGACGAGAAUGUCCGAGUGCAUUUAGCAAAAUAAUCCCGGUAAUGGGUGACGUCAGUCAGCCGGACCUUGGUCUAAGUGAGCAGGACCGUUUGAUGUUAACACAAAAAGUAAACAUCGUGUUCCAUGGUGCAGCAACGGUCAGGUUCAAUGAACCAUUAAAAGUCGCUAUGACUUUGAACACACGCGGUACUGAACGUGUUAUCGAACUUUGUACUGGAAUGAUAAAUCUCAUUAGUUUCAUUCACGUAAGCACUGCCUACAGUAAUCCUGAACAGGCUGAAGUUGAUGAAAUUAUUUACAGCACAAAAAUAAUGCCAGAAAUCGCAAUAAACAUGUGUGAAAAUCUAGACGACGAGACAUUGGCUAUCCUGGAAGAAAAAUUAAAAGGCCGGCAUCCAAACACAUACACGCUGACCAAAAGAUUGGCCGAAUUAAUUAUUUUAAAAAAAGGAACAAGUCUACCUGUUGCAAUAGUGCGUCCAAGCAUUGUCUGUGCAGCUUAUCGCGAGCCAUAUCCAGGGUGGAUCGAUAACACCAGUGGCCUUACGGGCCUGAUCGUCCAAAUUAGUCGCGGUACUCUGAAAAGUGUCUACUGUAAGAAAAAUCUCAAGGUUGACAUUAUUCCAGUGGAUUUCGUUGUCGAUACUCUAGUUUGCGCAGCCUGGCACAAUGUUAUGAGACGCACUAAUACCAUUAAAAUUUAUAAUUGCGUUAGCGGGGCUCGUAAUCCUAUCACAUGGGGGAAAUUCGGCUAUUAUCUCAACAAAUAUGCCGUCGAAUCUCCGACAAAACUUGCCGUCUGGUAUCCAGGGUUCAAUUACACACCCAGUUUAUUAUUUCAUAAAAUUUCUACGGUGCUGUUUCACCAUGUGCCUGCAUUUAUCAUCGACAUUGUUUUGAAAUUCCGAGGGGAAAAACCCAUGAUGUUGAAAUUAUCAAAACGUUUCGCGCGAAUUGCAUCAACAGGCUACUACUUUGCUAAUAAUGAAUGGAAUUUUUUGAGCGAUAACGUUAAUCAACUAUCGGAAUGCGUAAAAACUGUCACUGACAGCAGUAACUUUAACGUUGAUAUUAAAACAGUUGAUUGGAGUACUUACGUCCAUGGAUAUAUAUUAGGAAUAAGAAAAUAUAUACUUAAAGAUGAGCUUGAGACACUAACACAAGCGCGGAAUCGAUUGUCCAAACUCUACUGGUUCCAAAGAAGCAUGCAGGCACUGAUGGCGUUGCUUCUCAUAAAAUUAAUCCUUCGGUGAUGGUCAGCGAAACUUCUGAAACGAGCGAAUAAAUAUUUUUGAAAAGUUCAUUUUUAUUCUUAGUUAUAUAAAUUGAAAGAUCUGUGUACAUAUAUACGUUCUUGAAUCGCUCCCGGGUCUAAUGGUUGAAAAUUGUUCAAGAUAUCGCGAAAACUGAACGAAUUCAUCUACAAUCGUUGUUCGUUAUAUAUUUAUAUACUGAGUAAUCAAAUAUAUAUUUUUAAGAAAUAACUAUUACAUUAAUUAUUGUUAUAAUUAUA